AAAAAGAGGACGGUUGGAUAUGAAAACUGCGCAAUAAUAUUAUAUAGGCCUAUCCAAAGAUAAUAUUUAACGUUUUGUUUUCCUUUUUGUGUGAAGGCAGGCGUUUGAUCUAUUAUGCCAAGUAAGAGAAAACAUAUUCCAAUUUCUCUAUUACUUAUUUUUCUGGCUCAGUCCUCAAUUUUAAUUUUAAUUUUCGUCACAUGCAUAAUCAGAGCCGAAUACGAGAUCGAGGAAGCCUGCGACAGCGGAGAGUUUGAGGCAGACGGAACGUGUAAAUCUAUGGGGGCCGCAGGGGCGCGGUAUAUUCAUCGUGCAGAGAUGGCGUGGAGAUCAAGCGGAGAAUCUCACGAAGAGCUCAUUACGAGACUAAAAGAAAAUGGAAUCAUCAAGAAUGAUUUAGUCUUGAAAGCAAUGCGAGGUGUUGAUCGCAAACAUUACAGCAGUAAUAGUCCAUAUGCUGACUCUCCACAGAGUAUUGGAUAUGCUGUAACUAUAAGCGCACCUCAUAUGCAUGCACAUGCCCUUGAACUUCUCAAAGAUCAUCUUAGUGAAGGCAAAGCAGCACUGGAUGUUGGAUCAGGAAGUGGCUAUUUGACAUCCUGUAUGGCAAUCAUGGUAGGAUCCAGCGGGAAGGUAGUAGGAAUAGACCACAUCAAAGAACUGGUAGAUAAAUCUAGGAAGAAUAUAGAGAAAGAUAAUCCUGAUUUACUGACAUCGGGCAGAAUACAGCUAAUAGUUGGCGAUGGUAGGCAAGGAUAUCCAGCUGGUGCCCCAUAUGAUGCUAUCCAUGUUGGUGCUGCUGCUCCAACAUUACCACAGGCACUCAUCGAGCAGCUGAAGCCUGGUGGUCGUCUCAUCAUCCCCGUAGGACCACAGGGUGCGGCUCAGAAUCUAGAGCAGUACGACAAGACACCAGAAGGACAGGUCACUAAGAAGACCCUCAUGGGCGUGGUCUAUGUACCCCUUACCGGUAAAGAACAGCAGUGGCCUGGCAAGAUGAAGUAAAAAAAUGGAUGAAUCACAGAUAUAGACAAUAACCAUUGCAUAUUGGACCUUUAUUUUCCUGUUGGUUUCAUUCUUUUCAAUGAUUUACUCUCAAAGACUUCUGAAGAAUGCUGUGAUCAGGUUUGUUUCUGCUUGAGGUGGUUUGUAGUCGGGCAUGAAUGCUGGGGACAGAACCGUUUUCGACAAUUUGAGCUGAAUCCAAACAGGAUUAUUGAGCAAGCACAAGCUUGUACUACAGGCCAAGCUGAUUUUCUUCAUCAUCUAUGAAGUUUUCUUGAUUUGUAAGAACAAGAUGAUUGUUAGAUACAAAUGAGUGAAUGCAUGGACUCAUUACAUUGAAUCACUGUAUGGCAUACAUGAAGAUCUCUCAUGCUGAUGCUAAAAGAGAGUUAAUGCUUUCAUAACAUGGACUAAACAAGCAGAGCAAAUAAAUUGGAAUGGAGAUGAUUUUAUUUUCAAUGGGACUUACAUGUAUCAGUAACAAAUAUUCUGAAAUCUGCAUUUGAUGUCAUUUUGAAUUUCCAAUGUAUGUAGAACAGCUUGAUAAAUGCCCUUUCACACAUUGUAAUAGCAAGAAAUUGUUUGUUUACGCAAUUGUGUACUUUAUCCAAGUGCUAAGAAGAAAGCUUCAGAAGAUCUAAAGUUACAAGUCCUGUCUGAGGGAUUGAGUAAUAUGGGAUUAACACUUGGCCCAGGGGGUAAUGGCACUCAUUGAUCUUGCAUAGUUAUCUUUGGUUCAAGUCCAUUGCUCUUGUCAUAUUUGACUGCAUAAAACUUUGGUUAUGAUAUUAUACAUGUGGGCUUGUCUGUACAUGGAUACCUAUGACACAUUGGUAUGUUGAUGUCUUUGGUGAAAUGCACCCUGUAUUUUAUUGCAGAAACUGCUAGUAUAAAGUCAUAGUGAUCUUUGAGUUCUGGCAAUGGAACUGCACCUCAAGAGAAACUGACUUCAAAUCACAAUUGAUUAUCAUGCAAUACAUGCUAUUGGAUUGCCCAGUUAGAAAUCAUAGUCACUGAAAAACACAAACCUGUUUAUGCACAUAUGGGACUAUGGGUGUUCUCAUGGUCUUGAUCAACAUCUCCAUUUCCUCAUAUUUAUUUGAUAAUUACUCAGCAUUUUAUAUUUUUCUUAAUCUUAAGCAAAAAAUAACAGUAACUUUAUUUGGUCGUUAAAGUUGAUUUGAAAGUCUUAAAGAUUCAGUUUAAAUUUGAUUAGAUUCUUUGAGAAUUGUGUUUUUCAUCAUAACCAGAACUCAAAAUUAAUUUCAACUGAAUACGUAAGCAAUGCUUAUUAAAGCAGAAGAUAUCAACACUUUGCUUUGUGUUAUAAUGUAAUCCUCAAUGGAUUUCAUUGUCAGCUUGUGACCGCUUGCAUUGAGAGAAUGCCCUGCUAAUUGUGAAUAAACAUAGUGGUAGUGAAUUUUGAAUGUGAGAAAGAUUGAAAGACGAGAGGGAAUAUUUUAUAAUUUCAAAUAAUUUAUCUCAAUUUCAAGUUUAUCUAUCCUGUGAUCUCAUACGAAGAAAGUACUGCACAUUGGCAAAGGAUGAUGGAGAGUUCUUUUUGUUGUCACUGCAAUAUUAUUUUCAGGUCUGAUGAAGGAUUUGAAGAUUGGGGGAAAAUGAUUGAUCAUAACUUGUGAAUGCAAUUUAUAAGAAAUGAAUGUGAAACUGCCUAUGGUUAUAAAAUUGCACGUAAUGAUGUUGAAAGUGUCAUGAUAGUCUUUACCUCUGACACAGGUAUUUAUAUGAUACAUACUGACAUGAAUUUGAUUCAGCAAUUUUUCUUUUGAUAUAUUCAAAAUUAUACUUAAAUCUAGUAUUUCAAGGACUCUGGAGGGAUUUAUUUCUCCUAAGUGAAAUCGUUUUUUUCUUCAUGUAUUCAUGUAAAUGAGAAAUUUACAAAUAUCAUUGGUUUGAAAACAUUUCAUUUGUUCUUUUGUUUUUAUGUACAUGCCUCAGCAUCUUUGGCAUGUCAUGGUAGUCUGCUAAAAGUGCCAAAAAAUUGUUAUUUAUGAGUGACCUGUAUAUGUCAUUAAAACCCAUUGGAACAUACAUGUAGAUCAAAUAAAACCAUGUGGGUGUCACUUUGGUGACAGCAUGAGCCUAUUAUAUUAACAGCUGUACAUACAUUUACAUUAAGGUAGAAAAUUACAAUUGCAUUGGUACUGAUAGUCUUCAAUAUAGUGAAGUUUUUAUCUUAUUUUGUUUCAAUUGAUUCGGGAUCUUUCUCUGGUGAGGUUAGUUCUUUUACCUUACCAUGACAGUUCCUGAAGAAUUUAUUUAGAAGUACACACUAUACAUGCAGAGGAAGGAUUGUCUCUUGUUUCUUUUGAUUCUUUAUAUCAGUAUUUUCUUUCCUUUAUUUGUUUACAUCAUAAAGUGGAUUGAUGUCCUUUAAUUUACACUCAAAACUUUAGCAUGUAGAAAACUUCUGUAAAGCAGCUAAGCUGUGAUAAACUUGUAUAUCAUUAUAUACAUGUAUGUAUGUAUACAUCUAUGCUAUCCCCUAUUAUAAUAGUUCCAUAUGGGAUAGGAAUAAUAUAUAGAUAGAAGUUACGCAAUGACAUUGACAACCAGUUCUAUUGAGCGCUGAUACAUUAUACAUAACUCUUUUAGAGCUGUCAUGGAGAAGUAGAUCAUAUUCAAACUUCAAGGUUUGGGUGGAUGAAAAGUGAAAUAUUUCACUCUAAGCUGUGUAUUGAAUUGUUUCCUUUUAGAAUAAUUAGAUAAUUUAUCUUUUGUGUGGACUAUGUCCAAAUGCAUGACUAUUUCACUUUGGUAUUGUGGAGAAAUUUCCUUUUUUUUUUCUUCUUUAAGCAUGAUGUUGUAUUAUCUGAAAAAUAUGGUUGCAGCAGUAUGUAAAGGUGAAGAGUAAACAAAUACAUUUUUAAUUUCUUUACUGGA